AUGCUCUGUGCCCCAUGCUCUGUGCCCCAUGCUCUGUGCCCCAUGCUCUGUGCCCCAUGCUCUGUGCCCCAUGCUCUGUGCCCCAUGCUCUGUGCCCCAUGCUCUGUGCCCCAUGCUCUGUGCCCCAUGCUCUGUGCCCCAUGCUCUGUGCCCCAUGCUCUGUGCCCCAUGCUCUGUGCCCCAUGCUCUGUGCCCCAUGCUCUGUGCCCCAUGCUCUGUGCCCCAUGCUCUGUGCCCCAUGCUCUGUGCCCCAUGCUCUGUGCCCCAUGCUCUGUGCCCCAUGCUCUGUGCCCCAUGCUCUGUGCCCCAUGCUCUGUGCCCCAUGCUCUGUGCCCCAUGCUCUGUGCCCCAUGCUCUGUGCCCCAUGCUCUGUGCCCCAUGCUCUGUGCCCCAUGCUCUGUGCCCCAUGCUCUGUGCCCCAUGCUCUGUGCCCCGUGCUCUGUGCCCCGUGCUCUGUGCCCCGUGCUCUGUGCCCCGUGCUCUGUGCCCCGUGCUCUGUGCCCCGUGCUCUGUGCCCCAUGCUCUGUGCCCCAUGCUCUGUGCCCCAUGCUCUGUGCCCCGUGCUCUGUGCCCCGUGCUCUGUGCCCCGUGCUCUGUGCCCCGUGCUCUGUGCCCCGUGCUCUGUGCCCCGUGCUCUGUGCCCCGUGCUCUGUGCCCCGUGCUCUGUGCCCCAUGCUCUGUGCCCCAUGCUCUGUGCCCCGUGCUCUGUGCCCCGUGCUCUGUGCCCCGUGCUCUGUGCCCCGUGCUCUGGUUCCUAUUCCCCAUCUCGCCAAACCUCCACCCGCCCCCGCCCCUUUCCAAUCCCUACCCCUCAUGGUUGUCCCCUUCCUCCCUUUCCCCCACCCGUUUUCUUCCUCCCGCAUGAGGCAGGUCGCACUGCUGCUGGCAGGUCGCAAUGCUGCUCUGCUCUGCUCCCCAUGCCACUCCCCUCCUCCUCUCCUGCUCCCCUCCAGCCCGCCACUGUCCACCCCCCCCCUCUCUCACGACCCUCUACGCCCAUGGCUCACCCUUUCUCCCCCUCAUCCCUGCUUCACCUCAUUUCCCUCCCUACACCUCAUUUCCCUCCCUGCUUCACCUCAUUUCCCUCCCUGCUUCACCUCAUUUCCCUCCCUGCUAUCCCUGUUUGUACCCUCCUGCUUCCCUUAUUUUCCCCCCAGCUUCCCCUCGUUUCCCCCCUUGCUUUCCCUCGUUUCCCCCCCUGCUUCCCCUCGUUUCCCCCUCGGGAAGGGGAUGGGGGGAAACAGGGAGGGGGAUGGGGGGAAGCAGGGGAGGGGAUGGGGGGAAGCAGGGAAGGUGAUGGGGGGAAGCAGGGAGGGGGAUGGGGGGAAGCAGGGCAGGGAUGGGGGAAAGCAGGGAAGGGGAUGGGGGGAAGCGGGGAGGGGGAUGGGGGGAAGCAGGGCAGGGGAUGGGGGAAAGCAGGGAAGGGGAUGGGGGGAAGCAGGGAAGGGGAUGGGGGGAAGCAGGGAAGGGGAUGGGGGGAAGCAGGGAAGGGGAUGGGGGGAAGCAGGGAAGGGGAUGGGGGGAAGAAGGGAAGGGGAUGGGGGGAAACAGGGAGGGGGAUGGGGGGAAGCAGGGGAGGGGAUGGGGGGAAGCAGGGAAGGGAAGGGGAUGGGAGGAAGCAGGGGAGGGGAUGGGGUGAAGCAGGGAAGGGGAUGGGAGGAAGCAGGGGAGGGGAUGGGGGGAAGCAGGGAAGGGGAUGGGGGGAAGCAGGGAAGGGGAUGGGGGGAAGCACGGGACGGGAUGGGGGGAAGCAGGGGAGGGGAUGGGGGGAAGCAGGGAAGGGGAUGGGGGAAAGCAGGGGAGGGGAUGAGGGGAAGCAGGGAAGGGGAUGAGGGGAAGCAGGGAAGGGGAUGGGGGGAAGCAGGGAAGGGGAUGGGGGGAAGCAGGGCAGGGGAUACGGGGUAA